AUGAGUUUGAAUUCAUUUCGCUCCUCCUUAGCCCCUAAUUCCAAACGAGUAUCUUCCAAUCGAUCCAAUGAUAACACUUACAACACCAACAGGAAGAAGCAGAAGACCACCGCAACAACCACCAACCAGAAAACCUUAGGCGUCGCCUGGGGAUCCAAUUCCCGAAAACCUCCUUCCUCCGAUUUCGGAAGUUAUAUGACAGAGAAGAAUCGGAAACUACACAAUCAGUUUAACGCCGAUGCUUCCACGUCUCUGUUUAGUGACUCUGCGUCUGGAAAGCCUAUAUUCGCCGGAGUUUCAAUUUUUGUUGAUGGUUUCACCGUUCCUUCCAGCCAGGAACUGCGAAGCUACAUGAUAAAUUAUGGUGGAAGAUUUGAGAAUUAUUUCUCAAGGCAUCGUGUAACACAUAUCAUCUGCAGCAAUCUUCCUGACAGUAAAAUUAAGAACCUCAGAUCUUUCAGUGCAGGGCUUCCAGUGGUAAAACCUACUUGGAUUUUAGAUUCUGUUGCAUCUAAUAAACUCUUGACAUGGAUGCCGUAUCAACUUGAACAGCUUUCUUCAAAUAAACAACCAAAACUGUCCACAUUCUUCUCAUCCAGAAGUAGCAAAAAUUCAGAGGAUACUUUUACUAACACCCUUUGUCAAGUAGAGCCAGACAUUGAAGAUUCACUUGCUAGUGUUGGCAAAUCAGAGGAUAUAAAUUCACCAAAAGUUGGGGACAUGGUUGAAUCUAGCAGGGAAAUCAGUAUUGAAGCUGAUGAUAAUGUUCUGGAGAAUACCGAUGCAAUCGUGAUGGAAGAGCAGCUGGCUAGUGUUGGAGUUAAAUGUGAUGACGAAAUUCCAGCAGGAGGAAGCAAUGGUGCCGCUAAUGAUGAGAAAAACCUCCAAGGUGAACUUGAACCUAAUUGUCAAGAACCUUCUACAUCAGCUAGAAGCCUCUGCGCAGAUGACCAGAAUGUAAAAGAAGUUCCAACUUCUGCCUCCACCAGGCCUUCUAAACAGUGUCAUUCAACUCUUUCAGAUCCUAAUUUUGUGGAAAAUUAUUUCAAGAACUCACGGCUGCACUUCAUUGGAACAUGGAGAAAUCGGUAUCGAAAGCGCUUUCCUAUCCCGUCUUCUGGGUUCAACAAUGAAAUUUCUAAUAUCAAUGCCUCUAGUAUUUCUGGGAAUUCAGUUGUUAUUCAUGUUGACAUGGAUUGCUUUUUUGUCGCCGUGGUUAUCAGGAACCGUCCUGAAUUGUUGGACAAGCCUGUAGCAGUCUGCCACUCGGAUAAUUCUAAGGGAACUUCUGAGAUUUCCUCUGCAAACUAUCCAGCUCGUAGUUAUGGUAUUAAGGCUGGUAUGUUUGUUCGAGAUGCCAAGGCUCUCUGUCCCAACCUUGUUAUCUUUCCAUACAACUUUGAAGCUUAUGGGGAGGUAGCUGAUCAAUUUUAUAGUAUAUUGCAUCGAAAUUGCAACAAAGUGCAGGCUGUAAGCUGUGAUGAAGCAUAUUUAGAUGUCACCCAUUCAAAGGUUGAAGGUCCUGAGCUUUUAGCAUCAUCAAUUAGGAAAGAGAUCUAUGAGACCACUGGAUGUACAGCCAGUGUUGGCAUAGCUGGAAACAUGCUUAUGGCCCGUAUUGCUACUAGAACUGCUAAACCAAAUGGUCAAUAUCAUAUAACUCUAGAAAAGGUUGAAGAUCAUUUACGUCAACUCCCAAUUAAUGCACUUCCAGGAGUGGGUCAUGUUUUACAGGAAAAAUUGAAGAAGCAGAAUGUUCAAACGUGCGGCCAAUUGAUGAUGAUUUCCAAGGCCUCACUGCAGAAGGACUAUGGAAUGAAAACAGGAGAAAUGCUGUGGAAUUAUAGCAGAGGAAUUGAUAACCGGUUGGUUGGAGAUUUUCAGGAAUGUAAGUCUAUUGGGACUGAUGUAAAUUGGGGUGUGAGGUUCCAAGAUAUGAAAGAUUGUGAAAACUUCCUCUCAAACCUUUGCAAGGAGGUUUCGUUAAGAUUGCAAUGUUCUGGCAUGCAAGGGCGCACAUUCUCUCUCAAGAUCAAAAAGAGAAGAAAAGAUGCUGAUGAACCUGUGAAGUUUAUGGGCUGUGGAGACUGUGAAAAUUUGAGUCACUCGGAAACGAUUCCUGUUGCCACUGAUAAUGUGGAAGUACUCCAAAGGAUAGUGAAACGGCUUUUUGGAUGUUUUUACAUAGAUGUCAAGCAGAUUCGAGGUAUUGGUUUGCAUGUUUCCAGACUUGAAAGUAGCGAGACAUCUAAACAAGGUAGUGCAGAAAAAUAUAAUUUGAAAUCAUGGUUCACUUCAGGACCUGCAAGUAUGGAUAAACGGAAACAUCCGACAGGUCAUGACAAGCAGAAUGCGGAUGGCCCUUCGGUUCAUGAAUGUGGAAAUUUGCCAGGGUCUUCAGUUCCAAUGGAAAAUAACAUACAAGAUAACCAAGCUAGAGCUGACCCGAUGUUAACAACACCUCCUUUGAGUGGCCUUGAUAUGGAAGUUAUGAGAAAUCUUCCCCCAGAAUUAUUUUCAGAAUUCAAUGAAGUUUAUGGAGGGAAGUUAGCUGAUUAUAUUACUAAAGGGAAAGGUAUAAGUGAGAAUUCUUGCGCUCUACGAAACUCUCUUUUGGAAAAAGAAGCAAUAAAAAAGAAAGAGGAGCUUUUGGAUGUUGAGCCAAUUCCUCAAAAAAAGCCAUUAUCUGAAAUCGAGGCAAUGCAACAUGAGGCAGAAGGAGGUGAAGUUGUACCCGAUUCAGUGUCUGAACCCUCUUUUAACGUCACUCACAAAUCAAGUUUUGAAAAAGAUGACUUAUUGCCUGCUUCUUUAAGUCAAGUUGACGGCUCUGUGUUACAAGAAUUGCCUGAGGAUUUGAAAGCAGUCAUUGUUCUGCAGCUUCCUGCACACAGGAAACAGGAGAUUUGCUCCAAUGUUGCUCUGGUCCCUCCCAGUGAAAACCAUCAGGUGUCAAUAGGUGUCAAUGAUUCUGAGAAUCUUGGAUCAAAUCAUGCUCUGAAUGAAUGUCUUUGGGAUGGGAAUCCUCCAAAAUGGGUGGAGGAGUUCAAAUUCAGCAGUUGCUUAAUAUUAAAGAAACUUGCUGAAAUGUAUUAUAAAUCUGGGUUGACUAGCACCUUCUCAUCAGUUUUACGCCAUAUUAUAUCUGAAUUCCACCAGCUAAAUCCAGUCUAUCAGAUUUCCGAUGACUCUGUUAACAUCACGUGUGAGCUACUGAAGCAGUAUAUCAAAGUGAAGAUAGGAAAAGAUAUUGAGGAGAUUUAUAUUUGUAUUCGGCUUCUGAAAAGGUUUGCAGCAGCAUCACAAUUUUUCCUACAAGUGUAUAAUGGUGUAUUUCCAUACCUUCAGGAAGCUGUUGAUGACAAUUAUGGAGGGAGUUUGUUUAUAACCCCAUAG